AUGAAACAUUUACAUGAGAAGGGACUUCACUGGGGACCGCAAACAAAUUUAGCCCAGGGCAGGCAGCGAUUUUGGCCAAUAAAAGGCAAGAUUAUGGCUCGAUCCAUUGUGCAACAUUGUGUACAAUGCACUCGAGUACGCCCACACAUGUUCAAACAAAUCAUGGGCAAUCUACCAGCUGACAGAGUCCAAGCUCAAAGACCUUUUUUCAACGCAGGUGUGGACUUCUGUGGUCCCAUAUGGAUACACCACAAAACUAGAGGCAAAAGACCACGCAAAGCAUACAUCGCAGUGUUUUGCUGCUUCUCCACGAAGGCAGUACAUUUGGAAGUUGUUAGUGAUCUCACUACAGAUGCAUUCUUAGGCGCUUUGAACCGGUUUACGUCAAGAAGAGGUCGAUGUCAGAACUUAUAUUGUGACAACGCGACUAAUUUUGUGGGCGCUAAAAAUCAAAUGAACAAGUUAGCUGAAAGCAUUCGCAGCACAAAUGCUCAAAACAACAUAAUAAGAUCCUGCUCAGCUCAAGGAAUUGUUUUUCAUUUUAUACCUCCGAGAGCACCACAUUUCGGAGGAUUAUGGGAAGCUGCUGUCAAAUCAGCUAAAUAUCUAUUGAUGCGAACUAUUGGCAACGUGUCACUCACUUACGAGGAAUUGGAAACAGUGGUAACCUAA